AUGUCCUCUAUGCAACUCACGACCGCACUCAACCAUGCGAUUGCGUUCCUACUCAACCCAUUGGUGGCUGCGCAUGUCGAGCACCGCAUCAUUGACGCGCUGCACAUCCGACUUAUGGUCCACCUCGCUGCCCACUACCAGGCCACGUGGGAUGUAUCGCGCCCAUGGAAGGGAACACUCCAGCGAGCACUGUUUAUCUCUGCCCAGUGCCCACCACGUGUGAUCAAGGCAGCAUGCGAAGACGUCGGAUUGCUAUGGGGCUGCUGGGGUCCUGCCCUGGUGAAGAGCUACGGCGAAAUGAGAGCCAAUGAGGAGAUGGAGCUCCGUGUGGACCCCGGCAAGGUUGAGGUGUGGCGCAUUCCGGCCCUUUUCUCCUCCACCCCCUUCUCCCAUUACCCCGUGGCUUCUCGACCAAUUCCCUCCUCCCCCGGAGAAGCAGGUGCCCGCACGCCCUCUCCUAUUGCCCGUGUUGUUCCUCGCAUCAACACUCACUCGCGCACUUCCUCGCGCUCAUCGACCAAAUCGGUUGACUCGAUGCUGUCCAUGACCACUGGAUCCACCGCACCCUCGACCUACUCGGAUGACGGCACCGAAUCCGACGUCGAUCUUGAGGUAGUCCUCCGCACACUGGCGAUCCAGGACCACGAGGGUCCUCUCCCUUCUCCGGCUCUCACCGUCCCUCCCUCGCCUUCAGAUUCCGAUCACGGUCUCGAUGCCUUCUACAUUGACACUAACCGCAAGGAGGUUACCAUUUACGAGUCGGGCAAGGUUGGCGUCCUUGGUGGCGCUGUCAUGCUCGGUGUCCCCGCCGGUGGCUUCAAGCCCAAGCCUCGCGGCGGCCGUCGUGCUCGUGCCGCUCGUGCCUGA